CUGCGCAGAGCGCCGACCCCUCUCGCGGCCGCUUCACUCCGUGACCGCGGCGGCCGGCGGGAUGCGGCUGGGCCCGAGGCCCGCGGCCCUGGGGCUGCUGCUGCUGCUGUGCGCGCCCGCGGCCGGCGCUGGGGACGCGCAGGGCGAGCACCGCAGCGACUACGACCGCGAGGCGCUGCUGGGCGGCCAGGAAGAAGUCGACGAGUAUGUUAAACUCGCCCCCGAAGAGCAACAGAAAAGACUGAAGUCGAUCGUAAAGAAGAUUGACUUGGACUCAGAUGGCUUUCUCACCGAAAGUGAGCUCAGUUCGUGGAUUCAGAUGUCCUUUAAACAUUAUGCGAUGCAAGAGGCAAAACAGCAGUUUGUGGAAUACGAUAAGAACAGCGAUGGGAGCGUGUCCUGGGACGAAUACAACAUCCAGAUGUACGACCGCGUGAUUGACUUUGACGAGAACACAGCUCUGGACGACGCGGAAGAGGAGUCCUUCAGGCAGCUUCAUCUAAAGGACAAGAAGCGGUUCGAAAAGGCUAACCAGGACUCGGAUCCCGGUUUAAAUCUUGAAGAAUUCAUUGCUUUCGAGCAUCCUGAAGAGGUUGAUUAUAUGACGGAAUUCGUCAUCGAAGAGGCUUUAGAAGAACAUGACAAAGACGGGGAUGGAUUUGUCAGUUUGGAAGAAUUCCUAGGGGACUACAGGCGGGACCCAGCAGCCAAUGAAGACCCAGAGUGGAUACUUGUUGAGAAAGAUAGAUUCCUGAAUGAUUACGACAAGGAUUCGGACGGCAGGCUGGACCCUCAAGAGCUGCUGUCUUGGGUGGUGCCCAACAACCAGGGCAUCGCCCAGGAAGAGGCUCUCCACCUCAUCGACGAGAUGGAUCUGAACAAUGACAGGAAGCUCUCCGAGGCGGAGAUUCUGGAGAACCAGGACUUGUUCCUCACCAGCGAGGCCACAGACUAUGGCCGCCAGCUUCACGAUGAGUAUUUCCACCGCGACGAGCUCUGAUCCGUAGUUUCUUACCGGUGUUACAUUUGCGAUACCACAUCGACGCGGUUAUUUUCCGCUCUGGGGUCCUACAGCCACCAGCCGUAUCUUAACGUAGAUGAUAAUUCUGGCCUUGGAGGAGAAAAACGAAACUCUGGUGUGUAUUUCAAAAACGUGUCGGAGAAAACAAUGUUGUGCCAUAUGACAGACAGCCAAGUCUUUCCUGUAUUCGCCUUCUCUUCAGUGCUGUGCUGCGGGAUACUUUGAGUUCCAGUUCCAUACUUGAAAAAUGGAACAUUUAUUUCAGAGAGGCCUAAAGGAGUAUGUGGCUGAGCUAUACACUUUUCUUUCUUUAAGUAGCAUUAAUUGGAGAGCCGACGGGAUUACGUUGUUUUUAGAUGUAGCGUUUUGUUAAAAACACACACACAACAAAAACCUUUAAAGGAACCUGUAGAAAAACUUAUACCUCACACCUAGGUUGAGAAGUUCUGCUUAAUUUUAAAAUGGUUUCUAUCAAGGGUUUUACUGUAUGAAAUAGAACUUUAUAUUUUUGCAUACUUCUAGAUAGUAAUUAUAUUUAACGCGUAACCAUAGCUCUAUGGUGUGUGGACCUUGGUAUUGUUUUGAACUCUUCUCUUCUGACUGAUUAAAAAAAUGAAAGGUCCUAUCUUUUUAAAUGUUUGUUAGUUUUCUUUAAUCUUCCGGGUAAACCUUGAAUUUCACAUAGGUUUUUGUUCUGUUGUUACACUAUCCCGCCUUAUCCAUUCCUGUAUUUUGGUAGCGAGUGUUCUAGAACACUGUUAAAUUAUUCUUGUUCCAUACUUGUAUUUUUUUUUUAAUAAAAGAAUAUCAUAAUUAAAAGUA